GCCACGGAAGAAGGAGUCGCACGCUGCUGCGUUCACACGCCGAUGCCAGAGCGGCCGUGUGCGUGCUGGGAGCUCUGGGAGAGUGGCCUGCCAGAGUCCUGAUGUGACGAAGUUGUCAUUAAACAGAAAUCCUGAAUGGUUAUGAAUACAGCCGGAGUGGAAACCCUACGCGGGAUUGCCUGGAGAAGGCUGUGGCAGCACUAGAUGGAGCUAAAUACUGUUUAGCUUAUGCUUCUGGCUUAGCUGCUACUUUGAAUAUUACUCACCUGUUAAAGGCAGGGGAUACGAUUAUCUGCAUGGAUGAUGUCUAUGGAGGCACAAACAGAUACUUCAGUCAAGUCGCUGUGAAAAUGGGUUUGAAGGUGGUUUUUGUCGACUGCACCAAACUGGCCUGCCUGGAAGCUGCGAUUACACCAGAGACCAAGCUCGUUUGGAUUGAAACGCCCACAAACCCCACGCUGAAGGUCAUUGACAUCCAGGCCUGUGCAGGUGUAGUGCAUAAGCAUAAAGAUGUUCUUCUAGUGGUGGACAACACUUUUAUGUCUGCGUAUUUCCAGCGUCCUUUAUCUCUGGGGGCUGAUAUUUGUAUGUAUUCUGCAACUAAAUACAUGAAUGGGCAUAGUGAUGUUGUGAUGGGACUUGUUUCAGUAAACUGUGACGAUCUCUAUGAAAGGCUCAAAUUCUUACAAAACUCUCUCGGAGCUGUCCCGUCUCCCUUUGACUGUUACCUGUGCAAUCGUGGUUUGAAGACGCUGGAAAUCCGGAUGAAACAACAUUUCCGCAAUGCGUUGGCUGUUGCUCGAUUUCUUGAGUCCGAUUCCCGGGUGGCAAAAGUCAUCUUCCCAGGCCUGCCCUCGCACCCUCAGCACGAGCUGGUCAAGCGGCAGUGCACCGGCUGCCCUGGGAUGGUCACCUUUUACAUUAAAGGAAACCUUGAACAUGCUGCUACCUUCCUCAAGAAUUUAAAGGUUUUUGCACUGGCUGAGAGUCUGGGAGGAUACGAAAGCCUCGCAGAGCAGCCGGCCAUCAUGACUCACGCUUCAGUGCCUAAAGAAGAUAGAGAAGCUCUUGGCAUCAGCGAUACGCUAAUUCGCCUGUCGGUUGGUUUGGAAGAUGAAGAAGAUUUACUGGCAGACCUAGACCAGGCUCUGAAAGCUGCGUGUGCAGACCGUAAGGCUUGACGCUGAAAACCGGAACUUGGAACGGAACGUUGAAACAGUUGAAGAAAAUGACACGGAAAGCCAAAUCACUAAUGAUUUCUCUUUGAUUUGCCUCUGAAAAUUUAAAUGCGCUCGAUCGACCGCUGGGCUCCCGGGGUUCUCCCUUUGUGCUCUUACCUUUGUGGUGCUGCUGCCUGGCUGGACGCAGCCCGUGCUCCUCUGUGGGUCCGUCCUGCUCCGCUGUGGUCCCUCGGCUUUGGCAUUUACAGAGCCCAUAGGUUGUGCUUGCGAGCAGCCGUGCUGCACACUCAGCAGUAUCAUCCCAGUCUUCCCAGCAAGGAUUUAGUGUUUGUCGCCUGUCGUGCUGAC